ACGCCUCAACGUUUUGGAGGACGGCGGGUUCAAGCUGCUCUUCUCUCUUGGAGGAGAAAGGUCACGGCUUCCUUCUGCUGCAAACUGGUGUUGCUCUGUUUGUUCUGCCCGUCGUCAUGAACUCGUCUACCCCGGGUGUCCUCGCUGCCAGCAGCAGCCUCUUCCCCCCGGCCAAGCAGAGCCCAGGCAGCGUUUUAGAGUUCAGCCGCACGUUGUUCUCGUCCACUGGGACUGAGCCAGGCGACGGGAACAGCCUCAGCUCUGGAAAUCCACCAGGGACCAGAGAGCGAGGCGACUUCUUCACUACUCAGAUGGUGGUGAUGUGCGUCCUGGCCGUGACGGUGAUGCUGGGCUUGGUGUUUCUCAGCUGUGGCCUGCUGAGGAGGAGCGAGGGCUUUGUGGACCUCCCAGGAGACGAGAGGACGUCCAAGGAUGGAGGGAUGUGCUGAGGAGGAAAGGAGAGACAGACGACAAACCUCCACACUGAACUGACAUUGAUGACAAAAAAAAAAAAAAAAAAAAAACGGCUUGAGACCUUCUCUGCCAAAAUAUUUUACAUAGCCAUUCAUUGUUCAUUGCUGUACUUGUGCUGGUAAUGAGGUUUCUUGUACAUAAAUCCAUGCUUUCUGCUCGAGGUUUUUGUUUUGGUCUUGUUAAAACGGUUUUUCUUCACCACUGUCGCCCUGUGCUGCUCUUGGGGGAGAAUUUGGUCCAAGGAUUUGGCCAUUAUCUGUUGGGUUUCUGUAACGUGCCUUGAGAUAACUUCUGUUAUGACUUGACGAUAUACAAAUAAAACUGAAUUGAAUUGCUUUAGAAUUUUUGGAUUGAUAGAAUAAUGGAUCAUUCUGGUUCUUGUAUGUGUUCAUCGGGCACAUGGAUUUUGACCAAACUCUGAGGAG